AUGUCUUUUGUCAUCAACAUUUCGUCUGAAGAGGAAGAAGAUGACGAAGUCCAGGUCCUAGAAUUCAGAAAGCACACUCAAGACCUCAUCAACGAGGCGCCUCCAAAAGUGGUGAAAAAGCUUAACGAAGCUGAGUGCCCUAUAUGCUUUGAUACGGUCACUAAUGCAACCACAACGUUUUGUGGCCAUGUUUACUGCUUGGAAUGUCUUCAGCAAAGUAUAUCUGCAUCAUCAGCACAAGGUCAAACCCGGGGGAAGAGAGGCGUUGGUCUAUGUCCGAUGUGCCGAAAGCUGACUACUUUCAAAGAUGCUUUGGUGCUACGACUCAGAACUGGCCGUAAGGUGGAACCACCUAAGGACGAUGAAGAAGAGAAUGAGGAUGAUAAUGAGGAAAAAGUGGUGAUAGAUAGCUCGAGUCUCACGCGAGGUUUGAAGCGGAAACAUUCAGAUGACCAUGAGGUGCACGAAGGGAGCGAUGAUCUCGAUGAGUUAUUCGGAGAGAAGACAUGA